GCAUGCAGCUUGGUUUGGUGGUUCGUCAACCUCAUGGAGGACCCCGUCCCGUCCCUCUCUCUCAUAUUCGCCCGCUCCCCUCACCAUCCACUCCAAUCAUCGAGAGACGUACGCCAGCGAGCGAGCGGCAACCGGAGGAGGAGGCGAGCGAUGGCGCGGCGCGGGCCGGUCGAGCUGCGGCGGAUCGAGGACCGGACGAGCCGGCAGGUGCGCUUCUCCAAGCGCCGCUCGGGCCUCUUCAAGAAGGCCUUCGAGCUCGGCCUCCUCUGCGACGCCGAGGUCGCGCUGCUCGUCUUCUCCCCCGCCGGCAGGCUCUACGAGUACGCCUCCUCCAGCAUAGAAGAUACAUACGACCGCUAUCAGGCAUUUGGAGGAGCCGGAAAGAACCUGAAUGAAGGCGGUGCAAGUACCAACAAUGAUAAAGAUCCUUCCAAUAUACAGUCAAGACUUAAGGAGAUUGCUUCCUGGUCUCUUCAAAACAAUGCGGAUGACUCAGAUGCUAAUGAGCUAGAGAAACUGGAGAAACUACUCACUGAUGCUUUGGAGAAUACAAAAUCCAAGAAGAACUACACUUCGAUGAACUAUCCAGUGAUGUGAAGAUAGCCGAAGUCAACAGAUGUUCUGGCUACACAAGACUCGGCGACAAGCUUAGUACUGCAAUGACAGACAAAAUGGAGACAUCAGAAUGGAUCCUGUCAGUUACAUGCAAACAGGAAAUUAAGUUUUGGAAGAGAACUUGGCAUGAGAGUUCAAUCAAUAGAAAGGCUAUUCACAAGGCUUUUUGCUGUGCAAAGCAGGACAGGAUACUACUGUAUCCUCUGAAUCCAUGCACAAAGACUUGAUAACAAGCUUUGGUUUGCUGUCGCUGGAGUGCAGAUGUUGGCGCAACGAA